GUUUCGGUUGACCAUGAUUUCGGCAUUUUUUAUCUUCAAUCAAAAAGGAGAGGUCCUCAUAUCUCGUCUAUAUCGGACAGACUUCAAGCGCUCCAUUGCAGAUGUCUUUCGUAUUCAGGUUAUAUCAAAUAGCGACGUGCGAUCACCCAUCAUCACGUUGGGUUCCACCAGCUUCUUUCACGUCCGGGUGAACAAUCUCUAUGUAGUUGCAGUCACCAAAACUAACGCCAAUGCUGCGCUCGUAUUCGAGUACUGCUAUCGUUUGAUAUCCAUCGCAAAGUCGUAUUUCGGCAAGGUAGACGAGGAGGCUGUCAAGAACAACUUCGUGCUGAUCUACGAGCUCAUUGAUGAAAUUAACGACUUUGGAUAUCCUCAAAACAGCGAGACAGAUACUCUUAAGUCAUACAUCACGACAGAGAGCAUAAUGUCAAGUGCAUACGCGGCGGAGGAGUCCUCAAAGAUAACCACACAAGCAACCGGUGCAACCAGCUGGCGGCGUGGCGAGGUCAAGUAUAAGAAGAACGAGGCAUUUGUGGAUGUCGUAGAAACAGUAAAUCUCAGCAUGAGUGCGAAAGGCACCGCCCUUCGUGCAGAUGUCGACGGACACAUCCAAAUGCGUGCAUACUUAUCCGGAACACCUGAAUGCAAGUUUGGUCUCAAUGAUAAGCUUGUCAUCGACAAGAACGAGAGAGGUGCCAGUGAUGCCGUGGAACUUGAUGAUUGUCGCUUCCACCAGUGCGUCCGGCUGAACGAGUUUGACGCGACCCGUACAAUCAGCUUUAUCCCGCCGGAUGGCGAGUUCGAGCUAAUGAGGUAUCGGUGUACGUCGAACGUGAAGCUUCCGUUGCGCAUCAUUCCAACCGUAAAUGAGAUCGGCACGACGCAAGUGUCAUACACGGUGUCUGUGAAAGGGAACUUUGGUACUAAGCUGUCAGCGACCAAUGUCGUACUGAAGAUACCUACACCUCUAAAUACGACGACGGUGGAUUGCAAGGUAGCAAGCGGUAAAGCCAAGUAUGUUCCUGCAGAGAAUAUCGUUGUAUGGAAGAUUCCACGAAUACAAGGCGGCCAGGAAUGCACAUUUACGGCCACGGCUGAUCUGACUUCUACUACUGUUCGACAAGUGUGGGCGCGGCCCCCAAUCGAUGUCGACUUCCAAGUGCUGAUGUUCACCGCGUCUGGCCUGAUCGUCCGGUUCCUCAAGGUGUUCGAGAAGAACAACUACCACAGUAUCAAAUGGGUGCGGUAUCUCACUAAAGCGAGCGGGAGCUACCAGAUUCGGUUCUGAGGACUCUGAGGCAUUCGUGGGUUGGGUAGUUGUUUUUCCCACGUGUUACCUUACAGACUUUUUUCUUAAUGAUAUACCUUUCUUCUUUGGGGGGACGCCGG